AUGUCUAGGGAUCAUGACAAUGUGAAUAAACUGACCGAAAGUACAUACAAGGUAAGCAGGCUUUUUGUUAGGCUAUGUUCUCAUCGUAGCUCCCCAUUUCUCCACCUUCACCUUGACUUUAUAACAACAGGGUUUCCAGUUGGCCAAUGUCCAUCGUCGCCUUUGGCAAUAGCUGUAGGCUCCAAUUGGCUUCAGUUUUAGGGCACAACCAGUUAUUACUAUAGGAGAUACAUGAACCCAUUCCAUAAUAUGGCCAUAAACGUGCACAGUGCGUAUCGUGAGAGCACGCGUACACGUGUGACUCGCCCGUGAGAGCGAAAAAGGGCAGUGAAAUAGGCCUCUCCAAAUAACUGAAAAAGCAAAAGAUUUGUCAACUUAAAAUAUGGCCAGUAAUCCAUAUCUUCUUGUUAGUUAAUCAAUUAUAAGGCCAUUUGGUGUACUUGCGUCAAGCUUAUCACAUGCCCCAGCAAACCCCACCUGUUAUGUACUCUGCAGGUGAAGUCGAAAGUGUCAGCAACAUUAAUUCUACAUUGUUUAUGACGUGCCACAGUUUCAACUGAAGAGAAACCUGCUUCUCUCUUUUUUUCAUUUUUCUUGCUCUCUCUCUCUCACUCGCUCUCUCUCUCUUUCUCUCUCUCUCUCUCUCUCUGGCACGGUGCGAGUAGGCCUAAUGCAUACCUGGCAGUUAAUUGUUCUGUUGAGGGUGUGCCUGGGGAAUUGAAACAGGGACUCCAGUCCUAAACAACAUUUUAUUGUGGGCCAUUUGAAUACGAGGGGGAUUGGGUUUGGUUCAGUCUGCCCUGUUGCUGCAAAAACUGUGUGUACAACUUCACUCCCACAAAGUUGUUAAGUGUGAAGGAUCAUGUUAAUUAUUAAAAUGUUUUAUUUCAGCUUGGACUUAUUUAUAGAAUGAACACAUAAACAUUUACACCUUUAUUUAUGAUGACAUUGAGACAAUCCUUUAUUUGAACUUGUUUAUUAGAAAUGUCUGUGUAUCCACUCCACAACAAGAGAAUUGGCCAUUGUUUAUUAAAAGUCAGUUUUCCCACUGGACAUUGGUAUAAUUUUUUUGUUUUUUUGUUUUGUUUUUAUAUGUUCAGAAUAGUUACACUCACUGCCCCCUCUCUCUCAGAAUAGUUACACUCACUGCCCCCUCUCUCUCAGAAUAGUUACACUCACUGUCCCCUCUCUCUCAGAAUAGUUACACUCACUGCCCCCUCUCUCUUGCAGAAUGUAAUGGAGCAGUUAAACCCAGGUUUGAGGAACCUGGUCAAUCUGGGGAAGAACUAUGAGAAAUCUGUAGCCGGUAAGAACAUGUUGAUGUUUUCUACACAGUACAGCCAGAUGAGGAUGAGUCUGGUUCCUCUUAAGGUUUCUUCCUUCUAGGGAGUUGAUCCUUGCCAGUUGCCACUGUGCUGCUGCUUGAUCUUUGGGGAUCUAGGCCCGGUUACAUUUGGACAUUUUAGUCAUUUAGCAGAUGCUCUUAUCCAGAGCGACUUACACAUAGUGCAUUCAUAUUAUGAUAGCAAGGGGAGACAACCACAUCUCACAGUUAGUUCAUUCACCUUAAGGUAGCUAGGUGAGACAACCAGAUAUCACAGUUAGUUCAUUCAUCUUACGAUAGCUAGGUGAGACAACCAGAUAUCACAGUUAGUUCAUUCAUCUUAAGAUAGCUAGGUGAGACAACCACAUAUCACAGUUAGUUCAUUCAUCUUAAGGUAGCUAGGGGAGACAACCACAUAUCACAAUUAGUUCAUUCAUCUUAAUAAGAUAGCUAGGUGAGACAACCACAUAUCACAGUUAGUUCAUUUAUCUUAAGGUAGCUAGGUGAGAAAACAGUCGUAGUAAGUUAUCAGAAAAGUCAGUGCUAGUAGGAAAAGAUAAGUGUGAGUGUUUUGGGAUUUAGUCAAGAGACUCUGUGAAGAGGUUACUGGUUACUCUCACUUUGUGACAAAUGUUGUUAUAAACAAGGGUUAUAUGAACAAAAUGUGAUUUAUUGUCCCGAUAUUUGGACAAAAUUGAAUUAGAUCUCUCACAUAAUAUAUGGUAUCUUGUAGAGAUUGUGGAGAUCCAUUCAUAUGAUUGUGUUUGUUUGUCUUCUCACAGUGAUGACUCUUGCUGGGAAGGUGUACUUUGAUGCUGUGUCAAAGAUAGGAGAGACUGCUUCCGUGUCCCCUGUCUCCAGAGAAUUAGGUAGGUUCACACACACACACAGAGUAAUGCAUCUGUCAUUAGUCCUAGACACAGGUUGUUAUUCCCUGUUAAAGUACUGCUGGAGACAUUGAGAUUACCCAUUUUCCCAGGUUUUUAUGAUCCAUUAAGUAGCUUCUUAUGUUUGUCACCAGCCUCCAUGAUGGACUGCUGGGUGGAAAGGGACAACAAAUGGCUUAAUCUGUGUUCAUGUCACACAUACAUUAUCCUUAUAGUGGCUGUUAUCCACAGAAAAGGGUCAAAUAUAAUGUAUUUUUCAUGAUAAUGUUGUCUAUUCUGUAGUGCUAUAGAACAUUCUUAGCCUGGUAGCAGAUCAGUUUGUUUUUCCAGCCAACUGAAUAUAACAUUCCAAACUGGAACACCAAAUAUGUCCGGAACAUUGGUUUAGAAUGGGGAAUGUCCAUUUUAUGAAUUCUAAUUCUGUCUGGAGCUGUUCCUAUUCUAUUUCUGUGUUUGCUCCUCUGCUGCUCAGACUGGCCACAGUCAGCGAGACUGGCCACAGUCAGCGAGACUGGCCACAGUCAGCGAGACUGGCCACAGUCAGCGAGACUGGCCACAGUCAGCGAGACUGGCCACAGUCAGCGAGACUGGCCUCAGUCAGCGAGACUGGCCACAGUCAGCAAGACGGUGUGAAUUCUCUCACGCGUUACACAGAGCAGGGCAGCAAACAAACUGAACAAACAGACUGACAGAGGAGGACACUAUUCCCACCAUCACAUCCCUCCCUCCCUCCUUCCAUCUAUCUAUCCCUCCAUCUGCUACCCUUCUCUUUUCUUCCCCUCACAGGGGCCAGAGUAA